AUCAAUUAGCCGCAGCUCGAGUAGUUCUACCACGAGGACUUGAUUCUGCCACCGCUAGUCGCACCGGCACUGCUGACCCAGCCGUUCACGCUGGUGGGGACUAUGAAUCUGACCCUGGUCUCACCACCGCAGACCCUCAAGGUACAGAAGAUGUUGCACAGGAGAAACCAGCUGCUGAUGAGCAGCGCGGCGCCAGCGGCAGAGGAAAGGAACAGGAGCUUUUGCACCUCCUAAUAAACCCUCGUAUCCAAACGCGAGUUCCCCAAGGCUAGAGAACACAGGAAUGAACCUGCAGCCCUCGGACCACCCAACCAAUUAUACUCAGAAGAGACAUAUAAGUAGCCACGGAAGAGCGGCUACUAGUUUUUUGGAAAAGGUGAGCUGUGUGGGGCUGGACGGCACACCAUUGUCAAUUGACUCAUCAAAUGAAAGGGACAUGCAGGAAAAGGAGAAGUCGAUGAGAGAUGGAGAUAGAGACCGGAAGGAGGAGCGUGAAGAGGAUGAUAGAGAGUACUACAAGCAUCACAAGGCCUCAUCACUGUCAGAGGUUGAGUAUGCAGACACCCGAAAGCCCAUUACGCGUGCAACAGACGGCACGCCAGACUCUGUGUCGGAGUCUGGUGCAGGUAGAGAUGUCGUUGGAUGGAGGCCCGAGCAGUUGGACACGGCUGAGGAGGCACUCCGUAGAGCUGCAAGGAUAUGGAAAGAGAAUGCCAUCCGUGGGGACCCUGAUGCUCCUCAGUCCAGGGUGCUCAGAGCUUUACGUGGGGAGUCAUUCUAACUCUGAUCAGUUUACUCAUUGUGCAUAUAUAUGUGUAAACAAUUUUCCAAUUCCGCAUUUAUUUUGAUCAUAAUUAGCUUUAUUAAUUUACAGUACUGCAUAAAUAUAUUAAGUGGCGUUACUUAUGAGUAUGUUGUAUGUAGCAUCCUUGAUCUCGAGCAAAAACCACUCCUUUGUAUUAUAAUGUCAGUAAUAUAGUCGGUUUUGUGUGUUA